CAGACUGGUCCAUGCCGUGUUCAACAAGUAUCCUGGGAUGUCACAACAAUAUCAAAUUGCCAUAAACAUUCCUAAGUGUUUACACUUGAUUUCUGGACUUGCCUUGUGCCAGAGUGGUCAUAAACCACCUGUGCCUCAGCACAAGUCCCCAGGCCACCUUUGAGUAACGUGGCACUUUACUGAGGGUUAGCUGUCGAUGCCAUUCUAGAAGAGGGGACAGCUUAUAUCAGGGAAUCAGGAGACCACAGUUUACCUGAAUUGUUGAGCCAUGAGGGGAGGAGAAAUCUGCUAGAGGAGGGUAAAAUCUUUAAAAAUGAGAGCUGCUUACCAGUCAGGUGAACAAGGCUUUUUAGCCAUGAGGAGAAGUUGGAACAUGGAGAGAGGGAAGAUGGAACAUGAGAAGUUGGAACAUGGAGAGAGGGAAGAGCGGUCUGGGACCCCUGAAACCAGGACUGCAGGAGCGUGGUGAAAGGGGCUGUGCUCAGGUGAGAGAAUCUAUUGUAAGUGCCAAUAAAUCCUGUGGAAAUGGCCUUCAUUGAUCUUACAUCGAGGACUGUGCAUCUUUAUGAUAAUUGGAUGAAAGAUGCUGAUCCAAGAGUUGAAAACUGGUUCCUCAUGUCCUCACCUCUGCCGCAAACCAUCAUCCUGGGACUCUAUGUCUAUUUCGUAACUUCUCUGGGACCAAAGCUCAUGGAGAAUCGAAAGCCCUUUGAGCUCAAGAAAGCGAUGAUAACGUACAAUUUUUUCAUAGUACUCUUUUCUGUGUAUAUGUGUUAUGAGUUUGUGAUGUCUGGCUGGGGCACAGGUUACUCAUUUCGAUGUGAUAUUGUUGACUAUUCACGGUCACCUACAGCAUUGAGAAUGGCACGGACCUGCUGGCUUUACUACUUCUCCAAAUUUAUUGAACUGUUAGAUACUAUCUUUUUUGUUCUGCGUAAGAAAAAUAGCCAAGUGACUUUCCUGCAUGUCUUCCAUCACACCAUCAUGCCAUGGACCUGGUGGUUUGGAGUCAAAUUUGCUGCAGGUGGCCUGGGAACAUUCCAUGCCUUACUAAAUACAGCUGUACAUGUAGUGAUGUAUUCCUACUAUGGACUGUGUGCAUUGGGACCAGCCUACCAGAAGUAUUUGUGGUGGAAAAAAUAUUUGACAUCAUUACAGCUUGUCCAGUUCAUUAUUGUCACCAUCCACAUAGGCCAGUUCUUUUUCAUGGAGGAUUGCAAGUACCAGUUUCCAGUCUUUCAGUACAUCAUUAUGAGUUAUGGGUGCAUCUUUCUGCUGCUCUUCCUCCAUUUUUGGUACCGUGCUUACAUCAAAGGUCAGAGGCUGCCCAAAACUGUGAAAAAUGGAAUCUGCAAAAGCAAAGAUCACUGAAAUUCAGGCACAACAUAAAUCUAUGUUAUGAGACUGAUAUCUUGUCUUCCUUGACAAUCAAGAGAUACUUCCACGUGCAGUGCAUUUUGUAUAUUUUUCAAAACCAAGAGCUUGUAUUUUUAUGAUAAGUUAUUGCUGUUUCUGAUAUUUGAGAGCCCAAAGCUCCCAGAUAACAGAGUUUUCUGAUAAUUAGAGCCUAAAGCAGCCAAUUUUUCAGCUGCUUUUAAACCUAAUCUAAAGGUUUUGUUUAAUUCUUUUGUUGCUAUGGAAGAAGGAUGUGAAACAGUACAGUACUUUUCAAAGUCUGGGACAAAUGAAAAAUAUCGUUAGAUAUUUGGAGCACAGGCAGAGAUCCAUGCCGUACAAUAGAUUCCUUCUGCCAGCUGUGACUUCUAACUGUGGGCUCUGACUUUGUUGCCUAUGACUAUAUUCUGAAGACACUGUAUUACUCCAGAGUUAAAUUCCCAUUUUAAAUAGCUAACACAGAUGAAUGUUAAGUGAAUUUUUGAUCAGUUGUCAUUUAAAAUCACUAAUAAUAAUUUCUAAUGGGUCUAUUGAGUAGCCACCACCAGUUCUGCUGAUAAGACUUCCUCACAACAUUUGUUGCAUAAACUGUUUAAAGUAACAUCCUUUAGGUUAAUACAUUUAUGCACUUGACACUAAGGUUAAAUUAAUAUUUUAAACACAAAGUGAUUUGUCCUGAUGGCUUAAUGAACACUUUGCUGCUACUGUUUUGCAAUUAACUUUGUGUAUUUCUGGAAAGAGGUGGAUUUGUCAAUGGAAAAAGUACUCUGUAGCUCGGUGGGAAAAAAUCUGUUAUCUGUUGUAUCACAAUGUCACUUUCUCAUAUUGUCAUGCUUUAAAGGAUUAUCUUGGUCAAAUAUAUAUUGGUUAGAUGUGUACCUAUUCAUAUCAUUAGCACAUCGCAGUUACUCUUAAAUCAUAAGUGAUUUCAGACCACCCAUUAAAUAGUUUCCAGAGAUGAGUUAGAGUGUUUUGUGGCAACUGGAGGAAAUGGCAGCGCAGAGAUCUCGCAGGGAAUGUUUGAUUACGUAAGAGUCUCUUGAACGAUGAGAGAGAGAGAGAGAGUGGCAGAGAGAAUGAGCACAUGAACCAGAGCAUGGGCAAGCCUAUGGAGUAGUUGUUCAAGAUACACUGCAUGGAAAAAAUUUUUCCAGAAUUAUGAGUCAAUUAACAGCCUGGAUUUCUUUUUUUCAAGCUGAUAAACUAGGUAAUGAAGGACUGAAAUGUAUUUCCUAUGGGUUUUCUUUCUUUAAAAUUGCAAUUCCAAAAUUCUCUGAAAUUCUCUCAUUCUCACAGUUUCUUAUUGGAGAACUAAAGUUACUUAGUAAGUUUUAUCCAAGAAACGGCAAUAUUUGAACCUUUCUGAAUUUUUCCUUAAUUACUUUUUUUUUUCUUGUUAUAUUUAUUCUCGGUUUUGAAGGACAGCAUAUGCUGGUAAAACUCUAAACAAUUAGUACUUAUGGGCCCCAGUUAUUAUGUAACACACAAUGAUAUUAUUGUGUAACAGAAAUUGAGUUUUUACACUAGGUAAACUCCUAUAGUUCUGUGUCUUCCCCCUUAUCCCUUAACCUAUAUGAUGCUCUUUUCUCUGCACACUUACCAGAUUCAUAAGGUUAUUUGCCUUUAAGUGAUUCUUAGUGGUUUCACUUGCUUACAGUAUGAGAAGAUGAGAGUUGAUAAAUUGGGGGGUGUUCAUUUAUUUUUAAAUAAAGAAGUAUGAACAGAAGAGCAAAGCUAAAAGAAACAUCAGCUCUAAUUUACUUCUCUGAGGGUCCCAGUGUUCCUAAAGUGUUUUCCUGUUUUGGCUCUUCAUCUCCAACCUGUGCUAAAAUGAGAAGAUGUGGUAGGUGCUGUUACAUAUACACAUAAUUCCCCAAGACCCAAGUAGGGUAAAGACUGAAAGGGAGCAAAAUAAAAGAAGAUAGAAACAG